CCCCCCCCCCCCCCCCCCCGCGCGUCGUCGUCGUCCUCCGGAGGAGAGCGAAGGUACUGUUGUGCGGUCUCCAAGGACCCGGGUGGUGACGUCACCACGCCAGGACAGGUGCGCCCGGGGAACUUGCUGAUCCAGUCUGUUGGGAUCCGGCGAUCAGCUGAUACCAUUGAUACCAUGCGGGGACGUCCGCGUCUUUUCCGACGCGCUUCGGGCAACUAAGUCAAACAUCGUGGAGCUCAUCCGGUAUUGGCAGGUGUGCAGUUUUUUUAAUUUUUUUUUAUUAUUAAUUUUUUUUUGGACUUGACCCGCAUAAAGAGGCGGGUUCGAGGCGUCUCUAUGCGACACUGACGCGGCCACCGAAGCCUCGCAUAUCCCGGCGUGCAUCGGGGGGUGUUCGACCCUGCAAGUGCAACAUAUGAGAUUGCGCAAUGUUGUGCGUCACUGCGUCGUAGCGAAGAAUCCUUGAAGGACGAUCGUGUUCAGGAACUGCAAAAAAAAAACAACAAACAACAACAUGUCCAAGACCCUGAAGAAGAAGAAGCACUGGUCCGCCAAAGUCCAGGAGUGCGCCGUGUCGUGGGGGGGCGCCGGGGAACUGGUCUCGGUGGUGGAGCUCCGCGGCGGCGCCGAGCAGGGGGAGUUCCCCUACCUCGGACACAUGGCGGCCGAGGCGCUGGUCUGCCACGCCGGGAGGAUACCGAGCAGCGGGGACGUGCUGCUGGAGGUGAACGGCACCCCGGUGAGCGGGCUGACACACCGGGACUCGCUGGCCGUCAUCCGGCACUUUCAGGAGCCCAUCCGCCUGAAGACCGUCAGACCAGGGAAGGUCCUGAAUGCUGACCUCCAUCACUACCUCAGCCUGCAGUUCCAGAAGGGCUCCCUAGACCACAAGCUGCAGCAGGUGAUCCGGGACAACUUGUACCUGCGCACCAUUCCCUGUACCACCCGGCAGCCCAGAGAGGGGGAAGUUCCUGGUGUGGAUUACAACUUUAUCAGCGUGGAAGAGUUUUGCAAACUGGAAGAAUGUGGACUCCUGCUGGAGAGUGGAACCUAUGACGGAAACUACUACGGCACGCCCAAACCGCCUGCGGAGCCCAGUCCUGUGCAGCUGGACCUGGUGGACCAGGUCUUGUUUGACGAGGACUUUGACGCCGAAGUCCAACGCAAGCGCACCACGUCGGUCAGCAAGAUGGACAGGAAGGACAGUGCCGCCCCCGAGGACGAGGACGAGGAUGACAGGCCGCCCACGGUCAACGGACAAGUUGACCACGCGGACAAGGCGGAGUGGAGGAGGACGGUCCCCAGCUACAACGCCGCCGUGGACCCGCGAGCGUGGAGCGCCGCGGCGCAGGACGACGGCCAGGAGCCGCUGCCCAAGAACUGGGAGAUGGCCUACACCGACAGCGGCAUGGUCUACUUCAUAGACCACAACAGCAAAACCACCACCUGGUUGGACCCGCGACUCGCCAAGAAGGCCAAGGCUGCCGAGAAAUGCGAGGAAGGAGAGUUGCCUUACGGCUGGGAGAGGAUCCAGGACCCGCAGUACGGCACCUACUACGUGGAUCACAUCAACCAGAAGACUCAGUUUGAGAAUCCAGUGAUGGAAGCAAAGAGGAAAGUGAGCCUUGAGACGCCAACUUCGGUUUCCUCGGCAACAGCCACGCCAUCAGAGGAGCCGGCUCAGGGAGGGCGGGGCUUCACGCGGGACCCGUCCCAGCUGCGGGGCGUCCUCCUUCACACCACGCUGCGGAAGAGCCCUCAGGGCUUCGGCUUCACCAUCAUCGGAGGAGACCGCCCGGACGAGUUCCUCCAGGUCAAAAACAUCCUCCUGGAUGGGCCUGCUGCGCACGACAAGAAGAUCGCCUCAGGCGACGUGAUCGUCGACAUCAACCGCACCUGCGUCCUGGGGAAGACGCAUGCGGACGUGGUGCAGAUGUUCCAGUCCAUCCCCGUCAACCAGUACGUGGACAUGGUCCUGUGCCGCGGGUACCCGCUGCCCGAGGACUCCGGCAGCGGCGAGGACGCGUCUAAGGACUCUUCUCCCGCCGCGUCCACGCCUCAGGACCCUUACCACAAGGUCCAGGAGGCGGGGACCCUGCCUCGACAGACCGCCGCCGUGCCCCCCCUGGCCAACGGGGGGCGCCACCACCACCACCACCACCACCACCACCACCACCACCAGGACGGCCCGGAUCCAACGCUGCUCCAGCCCGAGCUGGUGGGCGUGUCCCUGCUGAAAGGUCCCGGGGGGUUCGGCUUCGCUAUCGCCGACUGCCCGCUGGGCCAGAAGGUGAAGAUGAUCCUGGACGCCCAGUGGUGCCGGGGGCUGCUGAAGGGCGACGUCAUCAAGGAGAUCAACAGACAGAACGUGCAGACGCUGAGCCACUCGCAGGUGGUGGACAUCCUCAAAGACUUUCCCGUGGGCAGUGAGGUCAACGUCCUGGUGCUCCGUGGAGGUCAGACAUCGCCUGUGAAAUCAUUGAAACCGAGCACGGCGCCCACGCCUCAGCCGGCUUCCCAGCAUGCAUCGCAGCCGACGCUCCCGCCUGCCUCCCAGCCCGCCCCUCAGCACACGCCUCACCACAGCCACCCUUCGCCCGUCACGCAGCCGCAGCGACCGGAGCUAAUCGACAGCGCCGAGGCUCCGGGCCACGCCGAGGUGCCCCCCAACCCGCUCUCCUUCCCCACCAACGUCGCUCGCUCGUCUUCACCCAAACCGGACGCUUCGGAACUCUACCUCAAGUCCAGGGCCAUGGUGGAUAGCCAGCCUUUAUACACCAAAGACUUGGACGUGUUCAUCAAGAGGAACCAAGAGUCGGGCUUUGGCUUCCGAGUCCUCGGAGGCGAAGGCCCCGAUCAACCGGUGUACAUCGGCGCCAUCGUCCCACUGGGCGCGGCCGAGAAGGACGGGCGCCUGCGGGCGGGUGACGAGCUGCUGUGUAUAGACGGCGUGCCGGUGAAGGCCAAGUCCCACAAACAGGUCCUGGAGCUGAUGACCAAUGCUGCGCGGAACGGCCAAGUCCUGCUCACUGUGCGCAGGAAACUUUCCUACUCAGACGGCGGUGGAAGGGAGGACGAUGGCGGCCGGCAGGUAUCUACAGACGUUGUCAGCAUCUCUCCGAAGACGCCUCGGGGGGAAGCGCUGAAGGCCCAUCCUUCUCGUCAGGAGUCCUUCGAUGUCACGCUGCAGCGCAGAGACAACGAAGGCUUCGGCUUCGUCAUCCUCACCUCCAAGAACAAGCCCCCACCUGGAGUGAUCCCGCACAAGAUCGGUCGCAUCAUCGAGGGCAGCCCGACAGACCGCAUGGCUCAGGUGAAGGUGGGCGACCGCAUCUCCGCCGUCAACGGCCGCUCCAUCAUGGAACUGUCGCACAACGACAUCGUGCAGCUCAUCAAGGAGGCCGGCACGUCUGUAACCCUCACGGUCGUGCCUGAAGACGACAGCGCACCGCCGUCCACGACCAACUCGGCCAAGCAGAGUCCGUCCAUGCAGCACCGAGCUGUCGGCCAGCAGCCGCCAAACUACACAGACAGGAACGGCGACAUGCUGACCAUCAGCCCAUCGGGCCUCAUGCAGGAUUGUUUCGUGGUGGAAUUGGAUCGGAGCCAGAGGGGCUUCGGCUUCAGUCUGAGGGGCGGUAAAGAAUACAACAUGGGCCUGUUCAUCCUGCGCCUGGCUGAGGACGGACCCGCCCUGAAGGAUGGACGAAUCCACGUGGGCGAUCAGAUCGUGGAAAUAAACGGCGAGGCCACGCAAGGCAUCACACACACUCGAGCUAUCGAGCUGAUCCAAGCAGGAGGCAGCAAGGUUCUUCUGCUGCUGCGACCCGGCCAGGGUUUAGUUCCUGACCGCAGUUCUAAGGACAAGGUCAACAUUCCAAGCAAGCAUUCGGUCAGUGAUGAACCUUCAUCUCCAGCCUCCGUGUCUACCUCAGAGUGGUCUCCCUCCUCAACCUCCGUGGCCGCCCUCCAUGACUUCCCCGCGCUUGCCGGGUCCGCCGGAUCCCCUGGCGCCGGCCGGCCCACCACCGACAAAGUCCGAGGUCAGCAGGUGUCCUUCAAACGCACUACCAGCCCUGGUGCUCCCGCCGGGAAGACCGGCAGGAUUGACUCCAAGGCCGCCAGUCCCAGGAGAGCCACAGAUCACGGCGACAACUCCCAGAGUCCCAGGAGAAAAGAACGGGGCUCUUCGGCGGACCGGAAGCACGACGGGCAGAGAGACCAGCGCUCCUCCAAGAGGGACCAGGACCAACCCCAGAGCCCGAGACGCCCGGCCGGCCAGCAGCCCGCCGGCGACGGGAGAAGACACAAGGACGAAGACGCGGCUCACUUGCAGGACGGCGACCGCCACAAGAAGGUCCGAGAGGCCGAGCAGGACCCGCAGGGGGGUCCCAGGGAGAGGUCGGGGUCGGACGCCGACACGCUGGGCCGGAGGAGUGCGCGCGACAAGGACGGCAGGUCCCACAGGAUACCUGAAGAUGGGAACAAGAAGCCCCCUGGCAUACAGGACCUGGGCUACAGCACCAAGAAAGUUCCCAUCACACCUGGACCAUGGAAGGUUCCUAGUUCCAGCAAGAUCCAGUCCCAGGUGGACAUAGCUUAGAAAUCCUAGUCCCCAUAUAGCUGAUGAUGGACGCUGCAUUCAUACCUUUCACUGUGAGACUUCCAUGAAGGAUCUGGUCUUCUUGUCCCUGGGACCUUUUUGAAGGUUCACAUUCCACACAUUCCUAGGUUGUUUUUUUUUCUGUUGGCCGUGACGUCUGAGGAGGAAUCUGGCCGUCCUCAACGUGUUCCCGAUGAUAAGUUCGGGUCACUUCCAUAAGUAAUAAUGUCAUUUCUCCAUCUGGCAGAUAUGGAGAACUAGUAGGUGACAUCUUGGCAAGGAAAAAGUCCUUCUGGACUCCGUAGUCUGCCCGGACCUGGCAGCUUCUGCAGGGAAAACUGCACUUUGGGAAUUCUUCUCCGUCCGUUCUUAAGUGACACAAGAACAGGCGUCUUCCCCUAAAUAGUAAAAAACUGCUAGCACGAGGCGGCUAACAAUGCGGGAAUAAGAUUCAUUCCAAAUCAUUCAUUGAUACAAACAAACUGUUUCCAGAGUGCAGCACAAUAAAAAAACAAUACAACUUAAUUAAAAGAUGGGUAAACAUAGAAAAAAUGAUCAAAUCAAUAAAAAAAUAUAUAAAUUAAUUGAUUAAAAUAUUUGAAAAAAGAAAGAAAAUAAUAAAAAUACCAAAAUAAGUGAAAAUAGAAUAGAACAAUAAAAGCAAUUAGAAAAUACAUAAAUGAAUGACUAAAAAAAUUCAAAAAGAAAGAUAAUAAAAUCAUCAAAAUAAGUCAAAACAAACCAAUUAAAUAGAACAAAACAAUUAACGUAAUUCAGUUGAAAGGUAGAUAAAAAUACAUGAAAUAAUAAAAACAAUUCUAAAGGAUAUGUUAAUGAAAAUAUUUUUGAAAGAAAGAUGAUAAUACUAAAAGUGCCAAAAUAAGUAAAAACAAACCAGUUAAAUAGAAUAGAACAAUAAAAGCAAUUUGAAAAUAGGUAAAUGAAUGACUAAAAAAAUUCAAAAAGAAGGAUAAUAAAAACGCCAAAAUAAGUAAAAAAAAAACAAAUUAAAUAGAAUAAAACAGAAGUAAUUCAGUUAAAA